AUGAACUUAUCAGAUAUUCCUCAGAACCUGCCGUGUUCCGUCACUUUACAGCCCGGCCCGGAGGACACGGGAAAGGCCUGCGGAGUCGACUUUGAGAUCAGAGCGUUCUGUGCCAAGUCCAUAGAGGAGAAGAUCCACAAGAGGAACUCUGUUCGUCUGGUGAUCAGGAAGGUCCAGUACGCUCCGGAGAAACCAGGACCUCAACCCAUGGUGGAGACGACCCGCAGCUUCCUGAUGUCGGACCGGUCCCUGCACCUGGAGGCCUCGCUGGACAAGGAGCUGUAUUACCACGGAGAGCCCAUCAGUGUGAACGUUCACGUCACCAACAACUCCACGAAGACGGUGAAGAGAGUCAAGAUCUCGGUGCGUCAGUACGCCGACAUCUGUCUCUUCAGCACCGCCCAGUACAAAUGUCCAGUGGCCCAGCUGGAGGCAGACGACCAGGUGUCCUCCAGCUCCACCUUCUGUAAGGUGUACACUCUGACCCCGACGCUGGACAAGAACAGAGAGAAGAGAGGACUCGCUCUGGACGGGAAACUCAAACACGAAGACACCAACCUGGCCUCGUCCACCAUAGUGAAGGACGUCACCAACAAGGAGGUUCUGGGUAUCCUGGUGUCCUACAGAGUCAAAGUCAAGCUCGUGGUCUCACGCGGCGGAGACGUUUCUGUGGAACUGCCCUUCAUCCUGAUGCAUCCUAAACCUGUGGAGCCGCCCGCGUCCCGCCCCCAGUCAGCUGUGCCAGAGUCCGACCCCCCCAUCGACACCAACCUGAUCGAGUUCGACACAAACAGCAUCUCUCAGGACGAUGACUUCGUCUUCGAGGAUUUCGCUCGCCUGCGGCUCAAAGGCGUCGUAGACGACAAGGAUGAGGACUGCUAGGAGCUCGCCGAGGCUGCACGCCCGCUUCACGCACGCGUACACACAGACACACACACAGAA